UUGUGGGGGGGAAAUGGCACACACUUACCCUCUAGCAACCGUCGCGGCUAGUGGUUGCUAUGGGGACGGGAACGUCGCGCUGGAGAUAGCAUUUGUGUAUUUCAGUUUAAGGCAUUUUCAUAGCGAUCAGCUGGAGGAUCAGGCUGCACGGCGACCAGUAAAAGAACACAAUGUGGAAACAAAAUCAAGAAUCUUCUGGUCCUCCCAACAGAUAUGCUACCUGUGACUGGUUUUACAAUGCACCUUCGAAACAAACUGAGAAGUCAAGUAAAAGUGAUCUUCCUCCCACCUCACAAAUUCCAGGACUAAGCGACCUUGCAGAACCCCAUAAUGAGUUAAAAAAUAAAGGCCGCAGACAAUGGAUUACAGAAACUGACUCUGAGUAUGUCAAACUAGCCAAACAAGGAGGUCGUCCAGACUUGCUGAAACAAAUUGAUUCUCCUCCUAAGAAAACUCAGCCGGUCUCAUAUGCACCCCCUGACUGGUACAGCCACGAACAAUUAAUACAACCACCAGAGUCAACUGUUGCACAAUUAAGAAACGUUCCAGACUACAUGAUCCAUGAGGAGUAUAGUGAGGAGGGAAAUGAUCUGAAAUAUGAAGCGAGAGAAGGCCCAUUUGAUUUUGACCAGAAAUCAGUUUGGCUUCGUGAUCUGGAGGAAAAUGAAAAAGAGAAUCAUUGUGACAAAAAGGUUAAGCUGCCAGCAAUAAAUCCAAAAUUUAUGAACGAUAACACAGUAACUGCAUCUGAAAAAGGACCUCCAAAGGGUGAAAAGCUUGGAAAGAAAUGUUUCUUUCCACCUAUGCCAUGCAAUAGCAACGACUCUGUUAACUUUGGUAAAUUGCUUAGCAAUGGAUAUGGAGAGGAAUGGUAUCGUCAGAACGAUGAGCAAGAUAAGAAGCCUGUACAGAAGGCCAAGGUUUCAAUUAACAAGUGAGGAAGCCCGCGAUAUCAAUUCAUAGUGGAUUAAAAACUGGAUGUUUAGUAAAAUUAGAGAAAAAUGCAAGAAACCUUAAGAAACAGCACACCUAAGGAAAUGACUGAUUGCAAGCAAUACUGUCCAGUUAUAUGUUCACAUUGUAAUUAUUUCUUGUGUUUCCUUGUAUUGAGGUCAUAUAAACCCGCUUUUUUGUUCAGGAGCAGAAAAGGUCCUACCCUUUCUGUACACUAUGCAGCAUUGUGCAGCAAUUGGUCAUUGCAUGGGGUGUGGCUUCACAAUUUUAUGAUACCCUCCUCCUUUUGUCUUCUUUUUAUACUUCCGAGACUUGCAGAGGGCAAAAGUAGGCACCAGAGGGGCAGAACAGAUAGGGCCUUUUCUGCUCCCACAACAACAACUAUAACUGAUAAUAAAAUGGUACAUUUUUCCUAAAUUUGCAAAGAAGAUUAAAUAAUCUUUACUUCUAACCCAAAUUUCAUAUUACUUUAGUAAAAUAAAAUAAUGUUGCGCACAA